GUGUGCCAAUCACAUAGAUUAUAAAUGUAAAUGAUAUACAAAUUCAAUACUUACAAUCUGAUAAAAGAAUCGUUGUCCUAGGACAUUUCGUUCGCCCGUUAGACACCUAAAACUACCAAAAAUCAGUACAUCGAAGCACAAAAAUUCCCUUCUUUGCAGGUUUCCCGUGUGUUAAUCAUACCAAUUAAAAUUUUCAAAAUGGCCGAAAUUUCGGUUUCGGUUUCUGUUUCGGCUGUGAAACCAGUUUCGGUCGGACUCUACUUACUAGUAUUAUAAAGUGGCAGAAAUUAAAUUGCUUUAUAUAACCUAAGUUCAAAUUGGAACAAGCUUGGACUCGCUUGGUUAAUUUAUAAAGUAAACAUGGAUCUUCACAUAGUUGACCCUAAAAACCUUUAUUUUCGCUAUGAUUGCAACAAACUCUGUGCAAUUUGCCUCAAGAAAAUCAACAAAACAACCACCUGUUCUAUAAGUGCAAUGAUCCCAUCAAAAAGACCUACUGAAGCAUACAAAGUACUAGAAUCUAUUUCAAAAUUUAAGUAUUAUAAAGAUGGUCCACAGUAUCUCUGCACUACUUGUUUCAACAAUGCUGCAUCAGCCUACACAUUCCAACAGAUUUGCAACAGAUCACAAAUGUACUAUGAAAAUUUCAUGGCUCACCAAAGGCUUCUAUCAGAACAGAUUAAAAAUACAGAGGAAACAGUAUCACAUUCAGAAACAACUCAAAUAGAGCAACAACAACAACAACAUGCAGAGGAAAACAAAACAGAAGAACCCACAGUUGAUAGGGGUUUAACACUACCCAGAAAAAUGACUGUUUGCAAAGUGUGCAAUAAACAAUACAGAGUUGAUAAUAUUAAGAAACACAUGCGCAUUCACACAGGUGAACGGCCUUACAAAUGCAAUUUAUGCGAACGGAGUUUCUCACAAUGGCAUACAUUGAAGAGACACAUUGACUUGCACAAUAACAAACGCGAUUUUAUAUGCAACUUCUGUGGCAAAGCAUUUUUAACAAAAAUUGGUUUAGAUGUGCAUGAGAGGAUACACACCGGCGAACGACCAUAUGAAUGCAAAAUCUGUGGAAAGACCUUCAUAGGUUCUGGUGGUGUAGCUAAACACAUGGUGGUACAUACAGGUGAAAAAGCGUUCACAUGUGAAUACUGCGCGAAAAGUUUCAACCGUCGGAGUACUCUACGUGUGCAUAUAAAAAUCCACACUGGAGAAAAACCUCACGUGUGUGAAUUAUGCGGCAAAGGGUUUAUUCAAGCCCAUUGUUUAAGAAGUCACUUACAAAAUCAUUCUACUGAUGGAUUACAGCAACAACCUGUGUUAGAAGAUCCACUACAGGUUGUAGGACAUUCAUAAAAAUCAAUAUAUCUUCCAAAACAUGUAAAUAAUAACUGGCGAUAUUUUAUACUCAUAGUAAUUGCUUAAAUUAAUAUUUUAUUAAAUCACCAGCUUGAAUAUUCAAGUAAA